CUUCUCUCAUUUCUUAAUUUACUCUUUUUCACUCCUGUACUCUUUAACAGUCCCCCCAAUCUCGUCCAUUCACUCCCACUCCUCCAACACUACAUCGUCUUAAUACAUCCAAACACCUCCUUAGGUUUGCACACACCCACAUCCACACCCACACCUACACCCACAGAUACUCAACAUGGCUGCAGCACGCGCAAGCAUCAUUUGCUAUUACGAUGUUAUCUCGCCCUAUACCUUCAUGGGUGUGAAGCUCUUCAAUCGCUUCCGUCAACAGUGGCCCGGUGUCGACGUUACCUUCAAGCCCAUGCUCCUCGGCGGCGUCAUGAACUCCAUUGGCAACAAACCGCUGUUUGAAUUCGUAUCCAAGAGAGAGCAUAUGAUCUCGGAUUUGGACCGGAUUAGUGCCGUGACAGGAGUGCCUUUCAAGUUCCCCACAGAGUUCCCUGUGAGCACCAUCCUGCCCAUGCGUGUGCUGGUGGCUCUGCAGAUCCACGAAAGUACCGAAAAGUAUGAGCAGUGCAUUGACAAGUUGUUUGACGAAUAUUUUGUUCAUGGCCGCAACAUCUCCAAGCCUGAGGUCAUUCAGAACGCCUUGACCCCGAUCCUUGACUCGGACGUGUCCAAGGUCCAGUCCUACAUGCAGCUCGCCAACCAACCCGAGGUCAAGCAGGCCUUCAAGUCCAACACCGACGAGGCCUUGGCCCGCGGUGUCUUUGGUGCACCCAGUUUCAUUGUCAAGAAGGCGGGCGAUCCUGAGAAUAAGGAGCACUUGUUCUUUGGAUCGGAUCGAUUCGAGAUGAUCGCCGCCUUCUUGGGUCUGCCUUAUCCAGGCUUGAUUCCCAAGAACCAGCCAAAGCUGUAAAAAAAAAAAAUACCAUCACCUCCACAUUCUCUUUCGAAUCGAUGGAACUGAUUCUUUAUUUGCCUUUAUUUUUUUUUUCUUUCACAAUACUUUUUUUUCCCUGUUGACAGAUUUGAAAAAAAGAUUCCGCUUU